UCAGUUAAUGAACAGAAACAACUUAGUUUAUUAUUGAAAAUGACUGAAAAUCAGAAGAGAAUUAUGCAUGCUUUUACUGACGUAGACGAAAAGUUGCUCAGAUUUAUUUGUUUUGAGGAUAUUAUACUCUCAGGAAUUAAUAUUUUUGAUCACAUCGAAAUGUUUUCUCCAAAUCCUCGUCCAAUUUCUCGAGAAGAAAUGCUUAGCUGGGAAUUAGACAAUGAACGUGAAGGGGUGUUUAAUAAAAGGGUAUAUAAAUGUAUUCAAGUUGAUCAGCUGAUAUGUGUUGCUACGGCAAAAUCGUUGUCUUUUUUCGAUAAAUUAACUUUAACUGAUAAGGUCGAAUGA